AUGUUCAGCCCGGCAUUGCGAGAACGGCUACGACGCCUUGGUAAAUCGUACUACUCUAAACAUGAUAAACUACCUCUGACUCCUUCCUCGCUGAAUAUCCCAGAUGACGCCUCCACCUCAUCGAAAGUUGUUCAGGUAUGCCAACGCGGGUCCGACGAAGACCGAGUUGCGAUACCUGGCAAGAAACCCCGCAUCGAAAGGGCUUUAGAGGCAAAUGACUACCUGCUGAGAACUAGCAGUAGAGAAGUUGUGGCACCCGCGCCUAAAGUUGAUGCUCAAAUCAGCACCUUUGAUGGCAGUACAAAAGAACGACUCGAUGCGAAACGCGAACUGCUGCGCCAACUUCGUCUCGCAGAUUAUUAUUGUGGUCAGAAUAAAGUUGAAGAACUACAAGGUCUAGUCGAGAAAUGGACAGCCGCCGCACAACAAGUUGCCGAGGAACUGCUGCAUUGUCUGCCGGGAUCACAGCCGAGCAUGACGGACUUUUUAGACAGCAUGAACAUUGAUUUCCGUCUCAUUCGUUACAAUGCUGAAUCAGAAUCGUUCUACUGA